UUUCCCCGAGUCUCUAGAAGCCUCAAGAUUGCUGAGAAAUUUUCUGCUCUCACACUCGUGCCUGACUAACUGUCCCAACAAAGCAGCUACCCUCAGCUUCAGCCCCUAUAUAGAUUCUACAAACAGGUUGAGAAGUAUGGCAGUGACAGCUUGCUUGACCUGGAUGCAGGAAAAGCAUCUGAAAACUUAUUUUGGAGAAGAGCAGUUUAGCCUUCUCUAUAAGGCCAGUGUCCAUGGAUUCUCUAGAGAGAAGUUGCUUGAUAGAUGCUCUCACCAAGGAUCUAUUCUAAUAGUGAUUUAUAAUGAAAAUCACAUUCUUGGUGCCUAUAUGCCAGAGGGUUACCUGGGAGAAUUGGACAUUUCCAUCACCCUUUUUGCCUUUCAAGAGACUGAAAUUUCGAAGUGCGAAAUAGGACCGCUUAAUCCAUGUUUGUUGUUUGGUGGAAAUACUUUCAAUUCUCAAUUCAUUAUAAGUCUAGAGAAAAAAGCGGUGGCUACUAGCGUGACUACAAUGGAAAAGCUUGGACUACCUCACCGUUGUAUGCCCUUUAAGGAAUGUGAAGUUUUUCGAUGUGAAGAUUUAUUGGACAAAAGGAGGAUGGAUGGGAUUAUUGAGCUCAAGGAGAGCUUAAUGUCUGCCAUAAGAACUUACAAACCAUAUGGAGGCCUGGUUCACCAAAUACAAAUUCUGCUUCUGGGUCCAAUUGGAGCUGGGAAGUCAAGCUUUUUCAACGCGGUGAAGUCUGUCUUCCGAGGCCAUGUCACGAACCAGGCUUUGGUGGGUUCUGAUAUAACUGGCGUAUCUGAAAAAUACAGAAGAUAUGUCGUUAGGGAUGGGAAGGGUGGCAACCCCCUGCCAUUUAUUCUGUGUGAUCUACCAGGGCUGAGUGAGGAAGAAGGCAGACUGUGCCUAGAUGACAUACUCUCCGUCUUAAAAGGCCACGUUGCUGACAGAUACCAGUUUAAUUCCAUGAAUCCAGUCAAACCAGGUCAUGGUGACUAUAUAUGCUACCCAUUGCUGAAGGACAGAAUCCAUUGUGUGGCCUUUGUGUUCAGUGCCUACUCUGUUCACUGCCUCUCUGAUGAGAUGGUGGAAAAGAUCAAAAGAAUUCGAAAGGAGUUGAUUAAGUGUGGCAUGGUACAGGUGGUAUUGCUCACUCACGUGGACACCUUGGAUCUGAUUACAAAAGGUGACCUAACAGACAUAUACAAAUGUGUGCCUGUGAAACUCAAGCUAGAGGAACUUCACAGAGAAUUUGGAUUUCCUCUUUCUGACAUCUUUGCGGUUAGUAAUUAUUCCUCAGAGUGGGAGCUGGAGCCUGUCAAGGACGUUCUGAUCCUCUCUGCACUGAGACAGAUGCUGUGGGCUGCAGAUGACUUCUUAGAGGACUUGCCUCUUGAGGAGACAAAUAGAUGUGUUUGAUAGUACAGAAGCUCCAAAGAGAUCAGCUGAGUGGCUACUUCCGGUUUGGGUAUAUCCUAGAGGGUCUGCACUACGUCCCCCUCCCCCUCGUCUUGUUUUAAAACAAAAAUUGUGAAUUGAGCCAGUUGUCAUUCCCACUCUCUGAACAUGCCAAGCUGUCUCCUUGCCCUCUUCUGUCAAAAUGGGCUUUGCUGCUCGGGACCCAGCAUGGGAUGGGAUCAGCAGUGUGUUUCUAACUGGAUGCGAUCUUUGACUACUGGUCCUUUCCUGGAACCUUAUACCUCUACCUCUUUUGACUAGACUUUUCAAUGCCUGUCCCUUCUUAGAGUCCCUCUUAAUGCAGUGUGGUUCAGUUCUAGGUAGAGGAGGGUGCCUUUUAUAUUCUGGUCUCUGAUUUUGGUGUUAUGUGUAUUCUCUGCUAUCAAUCUGUGCAUAGUCCACAGUAUACUUCCAAGCAAAGAUCAGAGAUAAGUUUCAUUCUAAACUCAAAUCCUGUUUCACUUUAUGGGAAAUCAAAUUAGUGUAUCCGAUCAUCUCUAGUACUCUCUCACUGGCAAACUACUGGGAAAUUCUCACACUGCCUUUGCUGUCCUGCCUCUGCCAUCCUGGUUUUUCCAUUCCUUCUCUUCCUCAUGGUGCAUGCGCUCCUCUCCCAAAGGCAGGGUUGGCUUCGACCUCCAGGAGCCCAAUUUUCUUCUUCCUGCUGGCUGCUUUCGCCUAAAUAAUCCAUUAAGAAUAUUCUGUUUCCUUUUACUCAGAGAUCAGAGGAAAAAAAUUAUCAGGUGUAAGUAAAGAAAACAAACGAACACUUUGCAUAUUCAUAUUUUUAUCUCAUCAUAGAAGAGUGAAAAUUGAGAAAGGAGAAAAUACAGAAAAAAGAGAAGUAGCUGAACCUGAAGGAGGGUAUUUUAUUUAUGUCUGGAAUAAAGUUCACAUACAAAAUCAUAAUACCUAAAAAUAGGAACCCCAUGAUUUAAAGUCACAACUUGUAAAAACAAUCAUAAUUUCUUUUGAAUUUAUGUUCUGUGUCUGUCUGUGAAAAAUUAAAGUUUCUUUUUAUAAGAUA